AUGGCUCGUACCAAGCAAACCGCAAGGAAAUCAACCGGAGGCAAAGCCCCAAGGAAGCAACUCGCGACCAAAGCCGCCAGAAAAUCCGCACCAGCCACCGGUGGAGUGAAGAAGCCACACAGAUUCCGUCCCGGAACGGUUGCAUUAAGAGAGAUCAGGAAGUACCAGAAAAGCACUGAGCUUUUAAUCCGUAAGCUUCCUUUCCAGCGUCUUGUCCGUGAGAUUGCUCAGGAUUUCAAAACCGAUCUGAGGUUUCAGAGCAGCGCUGUCGCAGCGUUACAAGAAGCUGCAGAGGCUUACCUUGUUGGGUUGUUCGAAGACACCAAUCUCUGCGCGAUUCACGCCAAGAGAGUUACGAUCAUGCCCAAAGAUAUUCAGCUCGCUAGGAGGAUCCGUGGUGAAAGAGCUUGAAGGCAUAUCUAGCUUUGCCUAGUUCGUUAACUGGCAUUUUUAAGUUAUUUUUUGGCCUUUGUUAUGUUAGUCCUGAAGGUGUUCGACGAAUUACCCCAACGAAAAUGUUCUCUUGUUUAAUAUAACUUUAUGUUUACCCAAUUAUCUUUGCUACGUCUUUGCUACGUCUUUGCUAUUAUGCGUCUCUACUCGUUAAUCACUCAGCCGUUUUGUCUUCGUUGAUUAAUAUCAUCAAGUUUAUUGU